AUGGCUAUAGCGGCUUCCGCGGUGGUAUCCUUCCUUCUUGCGACUCUCAGCGUCAGGCUUUUGCACAUAGACUGGGCUACAGCAAUCCAAAUCUUUCUUGUCUCUUUGUCUUUACAUUGCGGGUCUCUCUUGGUAUUUCAUGCCUUCAUCCAUCCAUUCUUUCUCUCCCCAUUGCGGCACCUCCCAGGCCCAAAGGGAGGUCACUUUCUCAUUGGCCAGAUGCUCAACCAGAUCAGAACUCCCGGCCCAGCAGACAUAUUCAUCUCAUGGAUGAGGCAAUGGCCUGAAGCGCCCUUUGUGCGAUACCUGUCCAUGGGCAACUCCGAGACGCUCAUGGUGAAUAAUAUGGCUGCGUUCAAAGAGGUCCAGCAAGCCAAGGCCUAUGCCUUCCGCAAGUCGCACUUCGCAGCCCGCAUGUUCUCUCCCAUAACAGGUCACGGACUUAUGUUUUCCGAAGGGGAGGAACGAAAGAAGCAGCGUAACCAGCUCGCACGUGCUUUCUCAAACCAGAACACUCGCAAGAUGCUGCCGGUCUUCCAGCUCAAAGCAAAACAGCUGUGCGAAGCCAUCAGCCAAGAACUUGGAGGAGAUGAGAUCAAGACCGUCGACAUCGAGGGCUUCCUGAAGAAGGCUAGCCUCGACGUCUUCGUUAUAGGAUCCAUCGGCUGCGACCUCGAGAGCAUUUCCAUCCCGGAAGCCCACUUCUUCGACGUGUACGAGCGCAUCAUCCGCCAGCCGCCUUCGGGUCACAUCGUUACCUUCAUUGACGGCCACAUUCCUCUCCGUUCCUGGCUGCCUCUGCCGAGCAACAAGAGAUGGUUGAGGGACAUUGAUCUUAUCAGGACGAUGCUACUCACUUGCGUGGAGAACCGACGACACGAGAUGAUGACAGAGAAGAAGUUGGGGCUCAACGAGAGCCAGACUGAUCGUCGCGAUAUCCUGACCUUCAUCCUGGAGGACUGCCAGUUCGAUGCAAACCAGACGAGCUGGAAGGACUUGGAGCUUCUGGAAUACAUGCUAAACUUCAUUGCCGGAGGUCACGAGACGACUGGAUCGACCGCUAUGUGGAUCACGCACGUUCUCGCCACGAAGCCCGAGGUUCAGGAGCGUCUCAAGCAGGAGGUACUUGGCCUUUGCGCCGGCAAGCCGCGAGACUGGGAUCCUCCCUACGAGGAACUCGAGCAUCUGGUCUAUGUCAACAACUUCCUCAAGGAGAUCUUGCGCUUCUACUCCCCGGCCAUCUUUCUCCCCCGCGAGGCGGCCGAGGAUGUCACCGUCUGCGGCGUCUUCGUGCCCAAGGGCACCCAGGUCACCCUCUGCCCCGCCGUCGCGCACUUCAACCGCCUGGUCUGGGGCGAGACGGCCGACGUCUUCGACCCGGACCGGUGGGCCGACGGCCGCGCGCCCAAGGACUCGUACGCGAUGGAAGCGUUCCUGCAGGGCCCCGCAGGCUGCAUCGCCAAAAACAUGGCGCUCCUCAACGUCAAGAGCGUCAUCUUUGCCCUCGUGCGCGAUUUCAAGUUUUCGCCGCGGCCGGGCUGGGACGGGGUGCUGGAGCUCGCGAACCCAAACUUCACCCUGCGGCCCAAGGAGACUCUGCGCGUCACGGUGGAGAGGGAGGUCAGAUAAGUCGGCGGGCCAAGUCUCCGCGGACGAGUCCGGCGCAAAUAUGGGAUAGACUUGAUACUGUGGCGCCAGGCAUGGAAGGGACCGGAGGGUAAUAGACGUUCGCUUUGUUGGAUAUUGGGCGGACAGCGCCUAGAUUGCAGUUGUAUCAUGUAUGUAUGUACGUAUGUAUGUAUGCCUAGCCAGUACAUACACGCC